AGAAGAAAUCCAACAAGAGGAAAAAAGAAAGAGGGCAAAGUCUUUUUCUGUUUCUCGCCUGUUUUCACUCUCAUUCGUUUGGAGUUUUUUCUGUCACAGCUCCGAGCCCUAAUUCAUAUACAGAUACAUACAGAUUCACAUACACACACAGUCAUCGGCAUUUGAUCGCCCGUCAGUCAUCCGUCGCCGGCGCCGAUUUCGUUAAUUUUCUGAUUUUUGCUCUGGGAGAUCUUUGAAUUUUACCCAGUCGAAGAGUCUAGAAUAAGAAAAAGAAGACGGGGCCUUGUUUUAAUGAAGUUCGGUUUAGGGUUUUCAGAAGUUGAUGGAUGAUCGAUAUGCCUCAACUGCGUAGCGGUGUGCGCAGAGGCCGUCGACCGAUUGCUUCAAUCGAACCCGAAAACAACAACAACGAGAACAACGAAAACAAGAGGGUUGCACGGAGAACAACGAGGACGAGGAGAGCAGCAGGUGCGGGAAAUAGAGCCGUUGGAGGAAGGAAGAAGAAGAACAACGUUAAUAACGAAGAAGAGGUAAUUAAGGAAGUUGUACCUAUAGUAGUGGUAGAUGAUGAUGAGGAGGAGAAUGCUGUGAAGAAAACGACAAGGUCUAGGACUGGUGAAGCAGAGGAGGAUAAGGAUAGGAAGAAGGAAGUAGAGGAAGGAGAAAAAAAACAGCAAAUGGAUGAGUACGUUAGUGGCGGCGGUGGAAGCGGCGGUGAUAAGGGUUUGGGAGCUGAGGAAGAAGGUAGCAUUGCUCCCCUUCCUGAAAGGGUCCAGGUUGGUGGAUCACCAGCUUAUAGGAUUGACAAAAAGCUUGGUAAAGGAGGAUUUGGUCAAGUGUAUGUAGGUCGUCGGGUAAAUCCGUCACAUCCACACGAAAGAACUGGCGCAGGAGCUGUAGAGGUUGCCUUGAAAUUUGAGCAUAGAAGUAGCAAAGGUUGUAACUAUGGACCACCUUAUGAGUGGCAGGUCUACAAUGCCCUUGGUGGUAGUCAUGGGAUACCACGUGUCCAUUACAAGGGACGACAAGGUGAUUACUACAUUAUGGUUAUGGAUAUGCUUGGUCCUAGUUUGUGGGAUGUCUGGAACAAUAAUUCUCAUGCGAUGUCUAUUGAAAUGGUAGCAUGCAUUGCCAUUGAAGCAAUAUCCAUACUUGAGAAGUUGCACUCUAGAGGGUAAGUAUGGAUUUGCGGUUA